UCAUAUCUAAGCUAGCUCGUUUUGUAACCCUUAUAUUCAUCGAUCAAAAUCAUCAAAACCUUUCAAUGGCAGAUGAGGUUGUGUUGUUGGAUUUCUGGCCGAGUCCAUUUGGGAUGAGGCUGAGGAUCGCUCUAGCUGAGAAAGGCAUCAAGCACGAGUACAAGGAGGAAGACCUCAAGAACAAGAGCCCACUUUUGCUGAAGUCGAACCCGGUUCACAAGAAGAUCCCGGUUCUCAUUCACAACGGCAAACCCGUCAGUGAAUCCCUCAUUGCCCUCCAGUACAUUGACGAAACUUGGAAUGACAACGCUCCACUGUUGCCCUCUGAUCCUUAUCUCAGAUCCCAAGCCAAGUUCUGGGCCGAAUUUGUUGACAAAAAGGUUGCUGAUUUUGGGAGGAAGGUAUGCAUGACCAAAGGAGAAGAACAGGAGGCAGCAAAGAACGGUUUACUUGAUUGCAUUGAAUUACUGGAAGGAGAACUUGGAGAGAAGCCUUACUUUGGGGGUGAGACCCUUGGUUUCGUGGACGUGACACUCGUUCCCUGCUAUGGCUGGCUUUCCGUGUACGAGAAGUUUGGCAACUUCAGUAUAGAGGCAGAGCACCCAGUAUUCAUAGCUUGGGGGAAGAGGUGUUUGCAGAAGAAGAGUGUGUCCAAGUCUCUUCCUGACCAGCAAAAGCUCUAUGACUUCGUUGUGCAAUUGAGGAAAAGGCAUGAAAUAGAAUAGAUGGCAUCGGAGGAAGCAUGCAGGGCAUAAUAACUAAUAAGCAAGUGAUGAUUAUCAUUCGUUGCUUCUUCUGCUUUUAAUGUUUCAACCUCUUAUGAACCUUUGGUCAAACUUUAGGGUUGUUUACAUGUACAAUAACGGGCAAUUCACCAAGCCCUCCACAUUCGGUUUUUCUUUUUUAAUUUUCCCUUUGUUGUAAAAUUCUCAGACUGCAGAACAACAUUUAAACCAUUCACUUGCACUGCAAAUUAAAAGAAAGUUCUUCUGAUCAUAUUAUAUACUUUUAAAAACUUUCCAAUUAAGAAAAAAAACAACAACAAAAAAAGAAAAUGGUUCUUGACCAA